AUGGCAAAUAAGAAUGAUUCUGAAACCAAGAAUUCUACAGCCAAACCAAAGAUAGUGACUGCAAAAAAUGCCUCCCCGAAAACGUGGCCUGAUUUUGAUGCCUCAUCCAAACAAACUAAAAAACUUCAGACUCGCCAUUAUAGCUAUGUUGACCUGAAGGACAUCUUGCCUGAAACUGUGGUGGAUGUUUAUGGUGUUGUCAAGUUCUUUAAACUACCUCAGAAAACACGAGGAACAGAUUACCGACAAGUAAUCAGUAUAAUUGAUCCAAGUUUCUAUGGAACUAACAAACUGACAUGCCUGUUGUUUGCAAGGGAUGAGGUUUCUUUACCACCAGUGAAGAUUGGCAGCAUUGUUCGCUUCCACAGACUACGAAUUGGUCUUCACAAUGGGGAACUGCAAGGCAUGAAAGCAUCAGGCUUCUCGUGGCUUGUCUUUGAUGGAAAUGCACAUGGGCCUCUCAUACAAAAAGCUUCCACUACAAAUUACACUUUCUGUGAUGUUGACCGAGAAAAAAUUAAACACUUACAGGAAUGGAUUAAAGUACAAGAGGAUCUAAAAAGCAAUGAACAAUCACAUUGUUUAGAAAAGAUUGUUCCUGGUGAAUAUUUCAACCUGGUCUGUCAGGUUGUGAGUGUUUGCUUAAUUGAGGAAAAUGUCUGUCUGCUUCUCCAGGUAUGGGAUGGAACCUGUCCUAAUUAUAAAAUUUGUAAUGUGGAAACAGGAGCAAAAGACUUUGACAUGAGAACCAAUCAAGAACUUCUGGAAAAAGCCUCUGACUACAUUUAUGAUAUUUGCCUUUUUGAUGAUCAUGUCAAGAAAGCUGGGAAUAUUCAACCAGGAACAUUUGUGAAACUAUACAAUCUUCAUGCUGCUAAAUACAAGAAUGAAGAGAACUCUGAGGGAGUGUCAGUAUCAGAAACCCUGGAAUUGGUCCUUCAUCGUGGAUCAUCAUAUGGUCGAGGCAUGAAGGUUCUCCUUAAUUCAGACCCAGAGGCCUGCACUCUACGUGGGAAGCUGCAACAAAUAUCUCAAAGGCCAGAGAAACGCCCAAGACAUAGUUCACCUCCUUCCAGACAGUCAACAGAGACAAGGGAACCUCAGCCUGGUUGUAGCACUGAUAAUGUUUCGCGAUUUCAAUCCAAAGAGAGCAGUAGAAAAGGUGAUUUCAGUUCUGCAAGCAAAAUUCCAUGCUUGACUGGCAGUCAACCUGAAGUAUUAAGCAACCCAGUCUCUGAUUCUUCUAACCCAACUCAACAAACAUCACUAUCAAAUUAUUGCAUGAUUUCUACAAUCUCAGUUAUUGAUGGUCAUCACAAUACACAGUUUUCAAAAAUUUUAGACAUAAUUGAAUGCAAACAUCCUUCAAAAUUCCGUCUACUUACUAGAGUCCUUGAUUAUUUCCCUCAAAUUGAUGCAUCACCCAAUUUCAUUAAACUCUACUGUCCUCAGUGUCACUACAAUGUUGGCUCAGACAAAGAAAAAUAUAAAAGGUUCUUCUUACCAAACAAUUUUGUCAAAGGCCCAAAGUGUCCAGAAUGUCAAGCAAGUAAAAAAACUGCACCUUAUUUACAAUACAUUUUCAAACUAAAGCUGCUGCUCACUGAUUCUCUUGGUUACAUGAUUGCAAAUUUAUGGAAGGAAGAUGCAGUAAAAUUCUUUGAUGGUUUGACUCCCCAAAUGGUGUUGAAUGACCAAGAUGCUUACAAUCAUUUGUUAGAUUUCUUGCACUUGAUGUGUCCUUCAAAGAGAGUGUUGUCUCAGCGACCAAUGAUGGAAUGUUGCAUCAAAUCUUAUUCCAAUGCUGAAUCAUCUUCAAUUUGCUAUCAAUUAUUUGAUACUAUCCUUGUCAAAUAA